UACAUAUGUAUACUCUAUAGUAGCGCUAACCUAUAAAUACACAUAACCUAUCAAUAAGCACGCUAGUUCAUGCGACUUCACAUGACUGAAGAGCAUGUUGUUGUUAUUAAACAGUUGUUCAAAACGGUGACUUUUGAAGUACUUGAAACAAUUGGCAGUAGGAUAGAAUCUUGAAUAACAAAGAUGCUACGGAGACAAGCACGGUUACGUAGAGAGUACCUCUACAGGAAAUCCAUACAGGAUAAGGUAAAGGGUAUCCAAGAGAAAAAGGAUAAAAUCAGGCGCAACCUGGACGAGAACACGCCGAUCCAUCCGGAUUUGAGAAAGAGCGCGUUGCAUGUGCAAAGAAAGAUCGAAUGGGAAGAUGCUGGGCCAGAGAUGGCAGUGGCCAUGGGCACAGAAAUGGGUGGCAUCGGGGUCAACAACGAGGAUGACGAGUACCGUUGGGCCGGCGUGGAGGAUCCAAAGAUCGUCAUCACGACGUCUCGCGAUCCCAGCUCUCGACUGAAGAUGUUCGUCAAGGAGCUACGUUUGAUCUUCCCAAACUCGCAGCGGAUGAAUCGUGGUAACUACGAAAUGCAGCAGCUGAUUCAAACUUGUCACGCCAAUGGUGUUACGGACUUUAUUAUUGUACAUGAGCAUCGCGGUACUCCGGACGGCCUGGUGAUAUCUCAUCUGCCAUACGGGCCAACGGCCUACUUCACGCUCUCAGGCGUUAUAAUGCGACACGACAUACCUGACAUUGGCACCAUGUCGGAGCAGUAUCCACAUCUGAUUUUCCAUAAUUUCAAGACGAAACUAGCGGAUAGAGUAAUGAACAUCCUGAAGUAUUUGUUUCCUGUACCGAAAGAAGACAGCAAGAGGGUGAUUAGCUUCGCUAAUCACGAUGAUUACAUAUGCUUCCGGCAUCAUACGUAUAAAAGAAGUCGAGACAAGGAUAUCGAGAUGUCAGAAGUUGGACCACGUUUUCAGAUGAAGUUGUACGAAAUCAAAUUGGGAACUUUAGAAACAGAAGCAACGGCUGACACAGAAUGGGCUUUAAAACCUUAUAUGAAUACUAGUCACAAAAGGAGAUUUCUGUCUAAUGAAGAUGGUUGGCAACAAGAAGACAGCAUAUAAUUGUUUUUACAUUCAUCAAUUUAUAUUUAUUUGUUUACAUUUUCUAUUGUAAUUAAUCAAUUGAUGAGAAAAUAAUACAUGAUGUAUUAUAGUUUUGACUAUAUUAAAUGAUUAAAUGAUAUUAAAAGAUAGAUCAAUUAUGAUU